AUGUGCUCUUGUGACUAUAUCUAUCUAGGUUUAGCUAUUGGUAUUAAAAAUAUGCUCCAAGUUGAUGAAGCAAGUAUCAAUAACAACAUACAUUUAACAGUAAAUUUAGAUGGUCUGCCGCUUUUUAAAUCUAGCAAUACUCAGCUUUGGCCUUUACUUUGUCAAUUUGGUUCUAAACCUCCGUUUCCAGUUGCUUUUUUCUGUGGCAAACAAAAACCUAACUCUUCUAUAGAGUUUCUCAGGCAGUUUUUGGAGGAAUUCAAAAUGCUUUCAGAAAAUGGUCUUGUUUACAAAGAUAAUUUUUUUAAUGACAAUUUAAAGUUUUGGACAUGUGAUGCUUUGGCACGUGCUUUUAUUAAAUGUAUAAAGCCAUACAAUGCUUACCAUGGCUGUAAACGAUGUAUUGACAAGGGUGAAUGGCAAGGAAGAGUUGUUUUUAAUCAGACUAUAUGCGUUUAG